CACUCUGCCCACCUUUCUUUCACUCACUAACCCACACCAUCACCCACACUCUUUCUAUAUUUCAAGCUGCUCCCUCUUCCUGUAACACUCAUUCUGCAGGCUCGAGGUCUUCUUGUUCAUUCAUUCACUCCCUCAAGACAUUUUUGUCUACAACUGUCAUUCCUGACACCAACCAUUGUCAACGCGACAACCCACAACUCACUUACCACUCCUUUGAACUGCUAGUCGGUUCAGUCAUUUCCUGCAAACCUCACACCAACAUCUAUAGCACCACUCUCUCAGCUAUCCAACAAUACCAACCGUCAAAAUGAAGGCAUCUGCUGUCCUCGCUACUCUCCUUUUCGGCUCCUACGCCGUUGCUGCGCCCUUCGACAGGCGCGCGCUCGUCUACAAGACUGAGGUCGUCACUGAGACCGUGGUUGUCUACACCACCGUCUGGGAUGACGAGCCAGUUGCCCAGGCUACUACCAGUGCUGGCGAGUUCUACGAGAAACCCAGCAAGCCAUCCACCACCAGCACUGCCGUACUUGCACCCACUUCUUCGGUUGUGGCCUCUCCCCCAGCUGCACCUUCAAAGGCUGCUCCUACCACCUCCAAGGCUGCCCCAGCCUACACUCCUGUUGUUCCUGAGGAGCCUUCAAGCGUCUACACUCCUGUAGAAACUCCUACUUCAGUCUACACUCCCGUUCCCACUACUCCCGCCCCAGCCCCAGAGAGCUCUUACGUAGCACCUGCUCCCAAGCCUGAGCCCACUACCACCGCAGUCACUUCUGCCGCCCCUGAGCCUGUCUACUCUCAGGCUGCUGCUCCCUCAAGCGCUGCGCCUAGCUACCCUACCACCGGCGGCACCUCCUCUGGUACGUCGUUCCAGGAUGUAGAGAUCACCAUCUACGACAACACUGGUGCUGCUGGCGCUUGCGGUGAGGCUCUUACCGAUGACAUGCCUGUCGUUGCCAUUGCUCAGGGCGCUUGGAACGCCCAGGGAGGAACCACGCACGACGUCAUGACCGGCGCAUCAACCAACCCGUGGUGCGGAAAGGAGAUUGAGAUUGAGUUCCAAGGCAAGACUGCCAACGCUAAGAUCAUGGAUCUUUGCCCUGGCUGCGUGAACGAAUACGACAUCGAUCUCUCCCAUGCUGUCUGGAAGGACCUUGGCCUGACCGAGAUCACCCGUUACAAUGGCGUCAACUGGAAGAUCGUCUAAGCGUCUACUUCAAUCAUACCACGAUCCAUAUACCCAAGAUUCUGAUAUCUCGCUAGCGCAGGCAGGGUCAGCGCUUUGCACGACCAUGUUACGACUCAUUUUUUACGCAUCAGGCAGGGACCGGUGAUUGGAGUAUACGGAAGGAAAACCGUUUUGUUGCGGUUCUUGUUCAGCUUUUCUCUU